CAUUUGGCCGAGCAAGAUUAGAAAUCUUGAUCCCUUGACAGAGCUGUUGUCUCUCUCAGAGUAGCUAACAUGUCAAACACUGAGGUUGUUUAUAGGGACAUCUGUCAGUUCACAUCAUCUUUACUGCUGUAAAUAAUAGUAAAAAUAUUAGUCUUUCCUCUUACUAACCAGCUCUUCCGUCAUAAACAGUACUACUCUUGGUGUAUUUUCUGUCAGUCCUUCAAGUCUGAGCUAAAUCAGCUCUGUGCCAUCAGGAAAUUGGCACAGCAUGCUACAUUCUCUCCGUGACCCUUAAUACUACAAGUUCAAGAAGUCUGCUACUGAUAUCUGCUAGUUGGGCUCACCACAGUUGUACCAUUUAUAUCCUGAAUUCCUCAAAUAAAAAAGGGAAUAAAAGCAACACAACCAUUAAUACAUUGAAGCAAUGCAGAAAAAUGUGUUUGUACAGACCCUAUGUACAGCAUUUGUUUUCCUGUUUCUCCAUUUAUAUAGUACAUAUAUUUAGACAUUUACAUAUGCAAGCAUGUGCAUGCUCUAUACUUUGCCCUGAGGUGGCCUACUCUGCUGUACAGGGAUUAGGCUCAAAGCUCUGUUUACAGAUACACAACGUUCUCAGAAAGAGACUUGUCCAAGCCCAGUCCCACACUGAGAUAGUUGGCUCUCAGAACCAAAUGUACUGAUCUUUCCCAUUAACCUGGAAAAUCUGGCCAGUGACACGGGAUGAAGUUAGUUAAGGCUAACUUUAAGGAAAGCCCCAGAGAUUGAAAAACGUGUGGGAGCAGUAAAGCCUCUAUGUGGCUCCCUGAGGACGACAGCUCUCACAAGGCUUUUUUUCUUUUGAUCACAUUGGAUUCUAUAUGACUUUGAGUCUAUCCAAAAAGCUGUUCGGUUUAAAUGGAAGCUGGGGUUUGAUCUCGUCAAGAAAGUAUGGGAAUAGGCAGCUCCUUUGCAACAAGAUCUGAUCAAAUCUUCACCAUAAGAGUGAGCUUGGCACCAAGGCAGAACCUCCCGCGGAUCAUCCUCAAAGGAAUCUUCCAGGGGGUUAAAGUGGUUCGUGGACCUGACUGGGACUGGGGCAACCAAGACGGCGGGGAGGGUAAGGUUGGGAAGGUAGUGGACAUUCGCGGCUGGGACACAGAGUCUGGUCGCAGUGUGGCCAGCGUCACCUGGUCUAAUGGCACCACCAAUGUCUACCGAAUGGGCCACAAAGGCAAGGUAGACCUCAAAUACGUGUCUGACGGCCAAGGGGGCUUCUAUUACAAAGACCACCUACCAAAGCUCGGAGAGCACGCAGAGCUGCAGCGCCAGGAGAGUGCUGACGGCCACUCCUUCCAGCAGGGUGACAAGGUCAAAUGUCUCUUGGAGGUGGAUAUCCUGCGACAGAUGCAGGAGGGCCACGGAGGAUGGAACCCCAAAAUGGCUGAGUACAUUUGCCGGAUCGGGACUGUUCAUAGAAUCACUGACCGAGGAGAUGUCAGAGUCCAGUACAGCAACAACAUCCGCUGGACUUUCCAUCCUGGGGCCCUCACCAAGGUGAACACUUUUGGAGUUGGCGAACUAGUAAGAGUAUUGGAGGACAUCGAGAGCGUGAAGAGACUACAGGCUGGCCAUGGAGAGUGGACAGACAGCAUGGCUCCUGUGCUUGGCCAGGCCGGGAAGGUGUUGAAAGUAUAUGCGGAUGGUGACCUACGGGUGGCAUUUGGAGGCCAGACGUGGACGUUCAACCCAGCGUGCCUCUCGGCCCAGAGCGUGGAGGUGGACGCCAACCUAAUGACAGUCGAGAACCCCAACGAAUCUGGAAGUACUGUCAUCUCAGUGUUGGAGAAGCUGCUCUCUCAGUCCACAGAGCAGGACAAUCCCAGCCGGCUGGUCAUUGAGGCAGCUCACGGCAGUGCCAACAAAGUGCGGGAGUUGGUACAGAAGUAUCCUGACAAGGUGGAUAUAAAGAAUCAGGGCAAGACUGCACUACAGGUUGCUGCUCACCAAGGCCACAUGGAGGUGGUGAAGGCCCUGCUGCAGGCCAACAGCUCCAUAGAAGUCAAGGAUGAAGAUGGAGACACAGCAUUGCACUACACUGCCUUCGGUAAUCAGGCAGAGAUCACACGGCUGCUGUUGAGCAAGGGGGCAAAUGUCAACCUUCUGAACAACUCCAUGUGCACGGCGCUCCACAUUGCCGUCAACAAGGGCUUUACUGACGUGGUGCGAGUGCUGACCGAACAUUCGGCUGACGUCAAUCUCCAGGAUUCAUAUGGGGAUACACCGCUCCAUGACGCCAUUGCUAAAGAUUUCCGCAAUAUCAUCGAGAUCAUGGUCUUGGUGCCCAACAUCGACUUCACACAGCAGAACCACAGGGGCUUCAACCUGCUGCAUCAUGCUGCCCUUAAAGGAAACAAACUGGCAACAGAGAAGAUCCUGGCCAGAGCGCGGCAGCUGGUGGAUGUAAAGAAGGAGGACGGCUUCUCUGCACUGCAUCUGGCCUCCCUCAACAACCACCGCGAUGUCGCCGAGAUCCUCAUCAAGGAGGGACGCUGCGACAUCAACAUCCGCAACAACCGGAACCAGACGGCGCUGCAGCUGGCGGUGACGCAGGGCCACAUCGACCUGGUGCAGCUGCUGGUGUCCGAGGGCGCCGACGUCAACAUGGAGGACGAGGACGGUGACACGGCCAUGCACGUUGCCCUCCUCCGCCCGCAGCUGGCCAAUGUAAUGCUAAGUCCCACCGUGGGAACCAGCAGCACAGAGGAGAGCAGCGAGGGUUGCUCCACAUCGCUCUACUGCAGGCUGAGCGCUUCAGGUCUUCUGGGGAAUAUCGAGCUGAGUGUUGGCGCAGCUAUCGCUUGUUUUCUAGCGCAGGAAGGGGCCGACAUCAACUACGCCAACCACAAGGGAAAGAGUCCCCUGGACCUGGUGGCAGACAGCACCAUUCUGCAGCUCAUCAAGAGCUUUUCUGAGAAACACAGGUUGCAGCGUCUGCAGGCCAUCACUUGUGGACAGGGCCUGAGCAGCGCCAGCCUGCGGCGGGUCCACACUACGCCUAACACCAUGACCAACCUGGUUCUUCCCACACCGCCAGGGCCCAGCGAAUGCCUCAUCUGCUCCGAGCUGGCUCUGCUGGUUCUCUUCUGCCCCUGCCAGCACAGCGUGGCCUGUGAAGAGUGUGCCCAUCGAAUGAAGAAAUGCAUCAAAUGCCAAGUCACAAUCACGAAGAAAAUUAGACAAGACCAAACGGAGGUGGACUGCAGCCCCGGCACCGAGAACUCAGAGCAGCACAACCUGCUGGAGCAGUUGCAGUCUCGCUACCGUCAGAUGGAGGAGCGAAUCACCUGCCCCAUCUGCAUAGACAACCACAUCAAGCUGGUCUUCCAGUGCGGACACGCCUCCUGCAUCGACUGCAGCGCCGCGCUCAAGACCUGCCCGAUCUGUCGGCAGACCAUCCGCGAGCGCAUCCAGUUAUUCGUCUGAGCUUUUCUGUCCUCUCAGCUCUUAAAACCCCCAAAAGGAUGUCGGAGGGGGCUGGAGAGAAGUGGGGGUGGGCAGCUGUUACAGUACCUUUUUGAAGUCACACCCUCAUUCUCAUCCCUCCCCCCCACCCCACCCCACCCAUUGUCAAAUACUCACUCAGCCCAUAGGUUUCUUUAACAUAAGACGCUGUGUUACAUCGCUGAGAGUCCACUGUCUGUUACAUUUUGAGUAGUUUCCCUCUUGAGCAGUGCAGGCAGAAACAUGACGAUAACGUAAACUUAAUUUUCGGCGUCAGAACUGAUGUUCCACUGAGACCAACGGGAAGCAGACGAGGCAAAGUUGUGAGGUGAUGCUGCCACUUUAAGUACUUCGAUGGUAAGCUGGGAGAAAAAGGCCCCCCACCUAUUCUUUUCUUCGUUCCCACUCAGCCUCCACCUCAUGUAAUCCGUCCUAUCUUUGCUGCUUUAAGUGGAUGUCUGUUACCCAUCAUCCUCUCUGGCUGUCUGGCCUCCUCUGUUUACAAGGCUGCACAGAAUCAGUCCCCUUCUUCUCGCCCCUCAGCCUGUCCUGUGAAUUACGUUUGCUCUGAUUUGUACCAGUCUCUUAAUAAUCAGUGUUAGUCUCUGCAGAGGGAGUUGGUAUAACUAAAGGCUCUCUAUAUAGUCCCCAACCACUUGCCUGUAUGCAAGGGGAAAUACACACUAUAUAUAUGCAUGAAUAUAUGCAUAUUGUAAAGCUGAAAACGACUGUGUUGUCAUGGGUGAUUUGUCGUUGUUUUAUUUCUCUCUGGUUACAUUUGUGGUUUUUAAUGUACCGAUCAGUACAGGUUUUUAUUUAUGUGUGAAAGGUGGUAUUACUUAGUAAUGUCCUUUUCUUUUAGUUGGUGUUUUUGUUUCUACUGAACUUCACCCCAAGCCUAUGUCCUCUACUCAGGGUAUCAGAUCAUUGAAAACACUUGUGAUAUCCAUAACAGGUUAAAGAGCGCCCCCCCCCUCUCUCACACACACACACACACACACACACACACACACACACACACACACACACACACACACACACACACACACACACACACACACACACACACACACACACACACACACACACACACACACACACACACCAUUACAGAGCUACAGUGUAUCUGAUCAUUUUACUGGAGGGUCACUGAAAGACAAGAUUAUUAAUAAAGUUGUGCAUAGUGAGUGUCUCACAAUUCACUUUAUCAACCUUUAAAAUGUCACUCAUAAGUGAAAUUAAUGUUUGCAAAAAUAGUUUCUGCAACAAAACUGACAUGAUCCUCCAAAAAAAAAAAGCCGAAGAAGCAGUCAACUUAAAAGCAUUGUGUUGGUCAGCCUGUUUGUGUCUGAAGACCACAGUCUGUCUGUCAUCUAAUUGGUGUAGAGACCCCAACAAGCAGCGGAUACUCGUGUUUUGUUAUUCGUCCACCAGAUCUAUUGUAUAAUAUAGAAUCAGAAGGGCAAAAACAUGACAUUGUUGUGUUGCACCUGUAGUUCCACGUCUACCUUCCCAAUGGAGUCCUUUCAGAAGAAACCCCCUUUUCUUCUGGAUUGUACAUCACCUUCGUCCUUUUUUAAUGUUUUGGUGUGUUGUGUUUUCUUGAAGGGCUUAUGCAUAUGAGAAAAAAAAAUCCUAUCUAUUUUAAUCGUUAUUUAAUUUAAUUUUAUAUAAUAAACUUCCAGAGACAGGAUUUUUUUUUGUCUUCGUUAGAUCCCAAAGUUUGGGAGAGCCAAUGUUAAAGAUGUACAUUUGAAUGUCGGGGAAGAAAAAUGUAUCCUGUCUCACUCUGCCUUUUUUAUGUGUAAAGAAAAAAAGAUGUAAGAGAAGGAGCUGAAGAGACUGAGACGCGUUUACCACGAGUUUUACUUUGAGGAAAGAACUUUUACAUCUGUGCCAAAUCGCAUGAGGAUGUGCAUGGGCAUGCACGCCCGAAUUUAUCUAGACGCACUAUGCUAAACCCCUCAAAGCUCAAGUGAGGGUUCAAUUAUUCCAGCAGUGUGAAGUAAACUAAAAGCAAACAUUCACAUUUUAUUUUGUUCAAAAUAAGAAGUGUUCUCUCAGCACACUUGGUUACUGGUGUUAGAAGUUGAGCUAAUGGUGUUAGCCUCUAACUUUAGUUGUAGUGCUCUCUCAUGUUCUCAGUGACGAGUGAAACAACACUUCUAAAAUAUUAUCAGUCCCAUAUCGUUUGGAGCUUUUUACAAGUAUAUAUAUUUGUAUUUUGUGAAACAUUAUCAAUCAAGGGACAAGUUUCUUACAGAAAUUUCAACAUUUUAAGGAUUGUCCAUUGGUGUUCUAUGUUGAUGGGUUUACAGGCAAAGGCAAUAAAGUUUUAGAAAAAUGGGGAAUAUGUUUGAAUUCUUUUUUUCUCCCCCUUAAAGAGGUCGCUGUGAGGGCGCGAAACAAUUUAUGUAUAAAAACUAUCAAAGCAGCAAAUGUUAUUAUUGGUGUUUGUACAGUUCAGCUCUUGGAGUUAUGAUGUUGGCCUUACUGUCCAUUCCUCCUCUGUUGAUGUUUUUUCAGUUUUAUUCUGUACAAAAAUAUUUUGCAAUAAAUAUGGAACUGUUUUCUAAGGA